CCUGGGAAGCGGCACCAUGAAACUCAUUACUGCUGUUCUCUUCUGCGGGCUCCUCUCACAAGCCUUGUCAGCCGGACUCCAUGCCCUUGUAACAAAUCCUCUCGGUGGAGUGGGAUACAUCGUCCGAGGCCCAGGCGCCAAUCAUUAUCAUGGAGCCAGCAUUGGCAGUGUACAAGCACUCGGACUGGACUACCGGGGAGCCGGUGCUUACUCUCACGGAGUGGCUGGCAGCGCCCCAACGGGUACCAUCUUAGGACGCUUUGAUGAAGACUAUCAGCUAACUGGCGUCGGUGGUGGUGCUGGUCUUCUCGCUCCAGGCUCCCGAGGUGUAGGGGGAACCAUUGUCACUGGAAGCGGUGCUCGCGGUUCCCUUGCUGGACAUGGGGUAGGUUUUACUCAAGGUGGAGCAGGCUUUGGCCAGGAGGGUGGUGCCCACGCUGGACAUGCUGCCGGAGGUGUUGUCACUGAAACUCAACGAGUCGGCCAAGCUGGAGCCACGCUCGUUGGUCAUGUCCCAGGGAGCAUAGUUACUGAGACCCAUCGCUACGGUCACGCCGGGGCUACACUUAUUGGUCAGGUGCCCGGGGUUGUCGUCACUGAAACUCAACGCGUGAGCCAGGGAGGUGUUGCGGCUGGGCAGGCUGGUGUCACCCUCGUUGGACAAGUUCCAGGUAGAGUGGUCGUCACUGACACCACUCGCGGAGCUGGUCACUCUGGUGUUCUCGUGGGACACGGCGGAGCAACAUUGGUGGGCCAUGUUCCAGGAUCCGUUGUUACCGAAACUACGCAUACAGGGCAGGGAGGAGCACUUGUUGGGCACGGUGGAGGAGUUCUUGUCAGCCAUACUCCAGGUGUUGCCAUAACAGGAACUCGACAGGACGGUAUUUUGGUUAGUCACGCUCCAGGAACUGUUGUUACCGAAACCACCAGGACCGGACAUGGGGGCGUUGUUCUUGUUGGUCAAACACCGGGAGCCGUAGUCACAGAAACUACAAGGACCGGGCAAGCCGGUGGGCUUCUCGUCAGCCAGACGCCAGGAACUGUUGUCACCGAGACUACUAGGACUGGCCACCCAGGCACAGUGUUCGUCAGCCAAACGCCAGGAGCCGUAGUCACAGAAACUACAAGGACCGGGCAAGCUGGUGGGCUUCUCGUCAGCCAGACCCCAGGAACUGUUGUCACCGAAACUACUAGGACUGGCCACCCAGGCACAGUGUUCGUCAGCCAAACACCAGGAGCCGUAGUCACAGAAACUACAAGGACCGGGCAAGCCGGUGGUCUUCUGGUCAGCCAGGCCCCAGGAGCUGUUGUCACCGAAACCACUAGGACUGGCCACACAGGCACAGUGUUGGUCGGCCAAACUCCAGGAGCCGUCGUCACUGAAACUACAAGGACCGGGCAAGCCGGUGGUCUUCUCGUUAGCCAAACCCCAGGAGCUGUUGUUACGGACAUUACAAGGACUGGCCACCCCGGUACCGUCUUUGUUGGUCAUACCCCAGGUGUCGUCGUCACAGAAACUACAAGGAGUGGUCACCCUGGCAGCGUUCUGAUCCGGCAAACCCCAGGAGGUUUUGUCACGGAGACAACGAGGACGAGCCACGGAGGCGGAAUCCUAGUCGGCCAAACCCCUGGUACCACCGUCACCGAAUCUCGUGGCACUUCCGGAUACCUUGUUGGUCACGGAGGUGUUACUCUUCUCGGUCACGCCCCUGGUGCUGUAGUUACAACAACCAAACAGGGAGCUGUGGCUGGCGGUCAAGGUGGCGCCACCUUCGUUGGCCAGGUCCCAGGCGCUGUCGUCACUGAAACGCGAGGUGCUGGCCAAGCUACCGUUAUAGGACAGUACCCGGGCCACGCCUUAGUCACCACCCACCCUGGUGCCGUCGCAGUUCACGGUACCGGAACACUCGUUGGCCAUGGUGGUUACGGUCUCGUAGGCGUCGGCGGCGCCGGAUAUGGAGUCACCACCCACCCUGGUGCCGUUGCAGUUCACGGUACCGGAGCACUCGUUGGACAAGGUGGUUACGGUCUCUAUGGCGUCGGUGGCACCGGAUAUGGAAUCACCACCACGCCGGGAAGCUUGGUUUACAGACCUGGUUAUGGUUAUGGCGCUGCGUACCGCGCUGCCUACCACAUCGUUCCUGGAUAUACUGUAACACGACCUGGAUUUGGCUAUGGAAUUAGAUACCAUUCAGCCACUUCAGCGGUUCCUGGUGCCUUCGCUGCCUUCCAACCAGUUGCUGGUCUUAGCUACCGCACCCACACAGUUGCUACACCAACGUAUGUCAUCCGCCAGACACCUGCUCACGGACAAGCUCUCUUCGGCUAUGGCUAUGGCUUAGGUGGCUACCGUUAUGGUGUUCCAGUCGGCUUCGGAUACGUUCCAGGGACAUCCCAACACACAACUUCACAAUUCGGAUUAAGAACCACAGCCCUCUCCACCCCAUCCACGGUCGUCCACCAGGCUCCAGGCGUUGCCUACCACGCAGUUUCAGCUCCCAGUGCAGUAGUCCAGCACGUCCCGCUUGUGGGCCACGGUCUCUAUGGAUACGGCUUCGGCCUCGGUGGUCACCGCUACAACGUUCCUGCCUAUCCAGGUGGACACCCUCACCAUGUUGGACUUGUCUUUGGACGCGGAGCCGCUUCGCACAUUGCUCUCCACGCACCAGCAACUGCAGUCGGUACCCUGGGAUACCAUGCCGGCUCAUUACCAGGUGCUGUCGUGCAUCAGAGCCCAGUAUUGUCACACGUCGGUUAUGGUAUCGGAGGGGUUCGCUACAACGUCCAUCCAACCGUUUCAUCCGUUCAUGGAGCUUAUACAGUCUCCGCGCCGACGGUCACCACCUACCGUUAUACCAGCCCAACUGUCACGUACCGUCAGCUGAGUCCCACAGUGACCUACCGCACCAGCUACUCAUUGCCAGCAACGUACAGCGCUGCCCCAGCUGUACAACUUCACAAGAAAUAAAAUGUUUCCACGGUGAACCGUCGCCUGAUAUACCGGCGACGGCCACGGCACCGUCGCCACGGUGAACCGUCGCGAGUCAUUUAUUUAUUGGUCGGAAAGGCUGCAUUAAACCAUAUUCCAUGCAUUUUACGCUCGCUUGAAGAGCGCCGAUGCAGUCCAAGUGUGAAUAAAGGUUUUUGUCAAAGCACA